AUGGAGCGGGCUGAGGGCUGCAGCUCGGAGCUCGCCAAGGCCAUCAAACCUAUCGACCGGAAGUCAGUCCAUCAGAUCUGUUCUGGGCAGGUGGUCCUGAGUCUCAGCACAGCUGUGAAGGAGCUGGUGGAGAACAGUGUGGAUGCUGGUGCCAGCAGCAUUGAUCUAAGGCUUAAAGACUAUGGUGUGGAUCUCAUUGAAGUUUCAGACAAUGGAUGUGGGGUAGAGGAAGAAAACUUUGAAGGCUUAACUUUGAAGCAUCAUACUUCUAAGAUCCAAGAGUUUACUGAUCUGACUCACGUGGAAACGUUUGGCUUCCGGGGGGAAGCGCUUAGCUCACUUUGUGCACUCAGUGACGUGUCCAUUUCUACCUGCCAUACAUCGGCCAAAGUUGGAACUCGCCUGGUAUUUGAUCACAGCGGGAAAAUUGUUCAAAAAACCCCUUACCCACGGCCCAAGGGGACCACAGUGAGCGUGCAGCAGCUGUUUUACACACUACCUGUGCGCCAUAAGGAAUUUCAGAAGAACAUUAAAAAGGAGUAUGCCAAAAUGGUCCAGGUCUUGCAGGCUUACUGUAUCAUCUCAACAGGCAUUCGUUUAAAUUGCACCAACCAGAUGGGCCAGGGCAAGCGGCAGCCUGUGGUUUGCACCAGCGGAAACGCCAGCAUGAAAGAGAACAUUGGCUCUGUGUUUGGGCAGAAGCAGCUGCAGAGCCUCCUUCCUUUUGUCCAGCUGCCCCCGAGUGAAUCUGUCUGUGAAGAGUACGGACUGCGCCACCCUGAAGCAUUGCCAAAUCUGUUCUGUAUUUCAGGUUUCAUUUCAAACUGUACUCAUGGUGUCGGAAGGAGUUCAACUGAGAGACAGUUUUUCUUUAUCAACCGGAGACCCUGUGACCCAGCAAAGGUUUCCAGACUUGUGAAUGAGGUCUAUCACAUGUAUAAUCGACACCAGUAUCCGUUUGUUGUUCUUAACGUUGCUGUUGAUUCAGAAUGUGUUGAUAUCAAUGUUACCCCGGAUAAAAGACAAAUUUUACUACAAGAAGAAAAACUUUUGUUGGCAAUUUUAAAGACUUCUUUGAUAGGAAUGUUUGAUAAGAAUGUAAACAAACUUGACGUCAGCCAGCAGCCACUGUUGCAUAUUGGAGGAGGCAUCAUGAAAACUCGCUCAGCAGAGAUGGAGACGCCACUGCCAGGAACGCCGGAGAAGACAGCUUUGUUCCAGACUCGGGGAGCUGAGAAACGGGCGGUGACCAUCUCCAGACUGAGAGAGGCCUUCUCCCUUCACAGCCCAGCAGAGCACCGGCCACAGAGCCCGAGAAUGCCAGAGCCGAGUCGGGGUGAUCCCAGACCAAAGACAAGCAUGUCAGACAGCCAGCACCCCCAGACGCCUGGCUCCAGCAGGGGCACGUGUGGCCCUUGGGAAGCAGGUGCACAUCCAGCCCCGGGUCCUUGUGACAGCAACGACACGAUGGAGGUGGACAAGCACUCGGGGCUCAGCAGCACCUCGGCAGGCUCCGAGGUGGGAGACAGAACCCCAGAAAUGGGCAGCCACUUGAGCAGCGACCAGACAGUCAGCUCCCCAGAUGAUGGCGUUUCACAGGAAAAGGCAGCAUCUUGUCAGAAACUUCCAGAAAGGGACAGUCCUCUUUCAGACGUGGACCACGCAGUCCAGGAAGCCACGAAGGAUAAACAUAGGCUUCCACCUCAGCCCUCGCCCCUCUCUGCUCCAGACAGAAAGCGUUGUAGGAAGGAAGUCCCUAACAUUCCUCGCAGGGUGAUGACCCCAAGGGACAGUCCGGCGGCGUCGCUGGUGGACGUUGCUGUUGAGAUCAGCAGGAGGGUGGUUCCUCUCCGCUUCUCCAUGUGCUCGCUCGCGAGGCGAGUGCGGCAGCUGUGUCAGCGCGAACCGAGCAGGGAAGACAGGCGGGGCUACAGGAGGUUCCGGGCCAAGAUCUGCCCCGGCGAGAACCAGGCCGCAGAAGAUGAGCUGAGGAAGGAGAUCAGUAAAACCAUGUUUGCAGAAAUGGAAAUCAUUGGGCAGUUCAACCUGGGAUUUAUCAUCACCAAGCUGAACGCGGAUAUCUUCAUAGUGGACCAGCACGCCACCGAUGAGAAGUACAACUUCGAGAUGCUACAGCAGCACACAGUCCUGCAGGGCCAGAGGCUUAUUGCACCCCAGACGCUCAAUCUGACUGCCGUCAAUGAGGCUGUUCUGAUCGAAAACCUGGAAAUUUUCAGAAAGAAUGGUUUUGACUUCAUAAUUGAUGAAGAUGCUCCGGUCACUGAGAGAGCCAAGUUGAUUUCCUUGCCAACCAGUAAAAACUGGACCUUCGGCCCCGAGGACAUAGACGAGCUGAUUUUCAUGCUCAGCGACUGCCCAGGCGUCAUGUGCCGCCCUUCCCGAGUCCGGCAGAUGUUCGCCUCCCGGGCCUGCCGGAAGUCUGUGAUGGUUGGGACGGCUCUCAACGCCAGUGAGAUGAAGAAGCUAAUCACCCACAUGGGCGAGAUGGACCACCCCUGGAACUGCCCCCACGGGAGGCCCACCAUGAGGCACAUCGCCAACCUGGACCUGCUGACCCCAGGCUGA